AUGUCAAACACAGUCAAGACUCAAGUGGAAGUCAAGGACAUCACACGCAUUGAGCGGAUCGGGGCUCACUCGCACAUUCGUGGCCUGGGACUUGAUGACAGUCUAGAGCCACGGACGUCCUCCCAGGGAAUGGUGGGGCAGACGGAAGCCCGUCGAGCUGCUGGGAUUGUAGCCAAGAUGAUUGAGGAGGGCAACAUUGCUGGUCGGGCUAUACUCUUAGCCGGUCAACCUGGUACAGGCAAAACGGCUAUUGCAAUGGCUAUGGCUCAGGCUUUGGGUGAAGACACGCCGUUCACGACGAUUGCUGGUAGUGAGGUGUUUUCCUUGGAGAUGAGCAAGACAGAAGCUUUGACUCAAGCAUUUCGUCGCUCCAUUGGGGUGCGAAUUAUGGAAGAGACGGAGAUGAUUGAAGGAGAAGUCGUGGAGAUUCAGGUGGAUACGCCGACAGGAGGUGUUGGGGAUAAAGUGGGCAGGUUGACACUGCGGACGACGGAAAUGGAGACUGUGUACGACCUUGGGGCCAAGAUGAUUGACUCGCUCACGAAGGAGAAGGUGGAAGCAGGCGAUAUUGUUACGAUCAACAAGGAAUUGGGCAAGAUCAGUAAGCUCGGACGAUCGUUCACGCGCUCUCGUGAUUAUGAUGCCAUGGGCGCCCAGACACGCUUUGUACAGUGUCCUGAAGGCGAACUGCAGAAACGGAAAGAAGUGGUGCACGUGGUUUCGCUUCACGAGAUCGACGUGAUCAACUCGCGCUCGCAAGGGUUCCUCGCGUUGUUUGCAGGCGAUACGGGUGAAAUCAAGGACGAAGUGCGGGAACAGAUUGACACAAAGGUGGCAGAGUGGCGUGAAGAAGGCAAAGCUACUAUUGUGCCGGGCGUGCUGUUUAUUGACGAGGUGCAUAUGCUGGAUAUCGAGUGCUUCUCGUGGCUCAACCGCGCUCUCGAGAGUCCCAUGGCUCCUGUCCUGAUUAUUGCUACGAACCGGGGUAUCACACGCAUUCGCGGUACCAAUUACAAGAGUCCGCACGGCAUUCCGAUUGACUUGCUCGAUCGACUCAUGAUCAUUCCCACGAAGCCCUAUAGCGAGUCUGAAAUGCACAAGAUCCUCACGAUUCGCUGCGAAGAGGAAGAUGUCGAAAUGUCGGAAGAGGCCAAGGACCUGCUCACGCGCAUCGCCGUGGAAACGUCAUUGCGAUAUGCCAUUCACAUGAUCAUCACUGCGUCGCUCGUAUGCUCCAAGCGCAAAGGCACCGAGGUGGAGGUGUCGGAUAUCAAGCGCGUCUACUCGCUUUUUGCAGACGUCAAGCGCUCGACGCAGUUCCUGAUGGAGUACCAGCGCGAGUUCAUGUUCCACGAGAUGGACGACGACGACGAGGAAGUUGAAAGCAUGGAGCAGUAG